GACGCUCGGCACGCAUCCGUUCGCCUCCCCAUUGACGUCACUCCGGUAUCACAUGAACGAGCCGGGACCAAUCCACGCAGCCCUACCGAAGCGCACGGUUCCUCCACCGAGAUAGGGAGGAAAAAAGACAGAAAAGGGAACCGAGCAUCUGAAGAAAAAUUAAAAUACGGACUUGAGCAGAAUACCGCGUGGAUUCCGUUUCUGUCUAACGUUACCGUUUUAUAUUCUGGAUAUAUACACUGGAUUAAUAUGCAGCGGAGACGGGCGCAAUGGAUACGGCAAUGGCCCGAACAUAUUGAGUAGCUCGCUGGAAUAGAGGGGGGGAGCUCGCAACGCGAAAAGGAAAGACAUUAUUUGGGGAUAUAAUAAGGAAACACAGGACUCCUUUAAACCUUGACAUACCACCACGACGGGCAUAUUUAAUGGCGUCCAUUUCCACCGAUCGUUGUCUUCUUAACACCGCUGAUAUUAAACGCAUCGAGGUCGAAUCACGGUGGAUCGCCUAUAUAUGAAAACCACAGGGACGACCAUUAUCCGGCCUCGAAAUCAAAAGACAUCCACCCGAUCCGACCCCACGCCUUCGACUUUCGCCUAGGCUAAACAUGGAUUUUAACGGGAGCGGUGGAGGAAACGAACUGCAUAACAAUCAGUUUUAUCCGUCCGAAGAGAGCAAGCCGCUGCUGGGGGAAAUGUCCGCGCUACAGCCGCUGGCGCCGGAGGGAAAUAAUAACCAUAAAGCGGGGCCCUGUAGCAAGAGGACCCUGCUUCACAACAGCAGCGGCAUGAGAUACAAACUGCUCCAGGAAGGAGACAUCCAGGUGUGUGUGGUUAAACACCCGCGGACCUUCCUCAGUAAAAUCCUCACCUCCAAGUUUUUACGGAGGUGGGAGCCGCACCAUCUCACCUUGACGGACGGGAGUCUGCUGUCUGCCACGCCCACCGGAUAUAUGGAGGCGCCACUGUCUUACAGCACCAUAGAAGACCUGCAGCUGUUGUCUUGGGACAAUGCACCCAAAUACUGUGUCCAGCUAAGCUUCCCUGGAGGGACAGUCCUCCUGCAGGCUGCUAACAGCUAUCUGCGGGACCAGUGGUUUCACUCUAUACAGUGGAAGAAAAAGAUCUACAAGUACCGCAAAGUGCUGAACAACCCGAGCCGCUGGGACGUGGUGCUGAAGGAGAUCAGAGCUCUGGUGGACAUGGCCCUGACCUCACCUCUGCAGGAUGACUCCAUCCAUCAGGCACCGCUGCACAUCAUCUCCACCCUGCUCGCUGAGAAUACUAACCUCAGUGCACAGGACCAUGAGAACAUCAUUGUGGCCAUCGCACCCCUUCUGGAGAAUAACCAUCCUCCUCCUGACCUAUGUGAAUUCUUCUGCAAGCACUGUAGGGAGCGUCCUCGCUCGAUGGUGGUGAUUGAAGUGUUCACUCCUGUGGUUCAGAGAAUCCUCAAACACAACAUGGACUUCGGGAAAUGCCCCAGACUCCGUCUCUUUACUCAGGAGUAUAUUUUGGCUCUGAAUGAACUGAACGCCGGCAUGGAAGUAGUCAAAAAGUUCAUUCACAGCAUGCAUGGUCCCACCGGACAAUGCCCUCAUCCUCGGGUGCUCCCCAAUCUUGUGGCAGUGUGCCUGGCUGCCAUCUAUUCUUGCUAUGAAGAGUUCAUCAACAGUCGAGACAAUUCUCCCAGUCUGAAGGAGAUCCGGAACGGCUGCCAACAGCAGAGUGAGAGGAAACCUCCCAUGCCCCUGCGCUUGCUGCGGCCCGAGCCUCCCACGCCACCCCCGACCACCGCUCUGUCUCCUCCUCCCGCCCUGCCGCUCUCACCUCCGCCUUCCAUCGUCAACUCCAGCGAGAUCCUCGUGGAGCUGGAGCGUAACAACAACAACACAAACAUGUUGAAAAAAGCCCCGGCGGAGGGCGAUAACGAACCCAACCUGAUUGACUGUCUACUGGUCAGCCCCGCGCUCAACGCCCUGUCCAUUCAGUUGCCUGCGCACGCCGACAGAGUGCUGGGCUGUUUCGCUCUUAUUCUCAAGAUGCUAUCAGACUACGAUGACUGGAGACCAGCACUGGCCAGCCUUCUUCAACCCAUCCCCUUCCCAAAAGAGGCCCUCGCGCAUGCCAAAUUUACAAAAGAGUUAAAAUACGUCAUUCAGAGGUUCGCCAAGGACCCCAGACAAGAGGUCCACUCCUGUUUGCUCAGUGUGCGCUCUGGAAAGGACGGGUGGUUCCAGCUGUACAGUCCAGGGGGCGUGGCUUGCGAUGAUGAUGGAGAGUUGUUUGCCAGCAUGGUCCACAUCCUUAUGGGCUCCUGCUACAAGACGAAGAAGUUUCUCUUGUCGCUGGCUGAAAACAAGCUGGGACCCUGCAUGCUCUUGGCCCUGCGAGGGAACCAGACCAUGGUGGAGAUCUUGUGUCUUAUGCUGGAGUAUAACAUCAUCGAGAACAAGGACACACAGCUACAGAUCAUCUCCACCCUGGAGAGCACCCAGGUCGGCCUGCGUAUGUACGAGCAGCUGUGCGACAGGCAGAGGGAGCUUAAAGAACUGCAAAGAAAAGGAGGACCUACUCGACUCACUCUGCCAUCUAAGUCUACAGAUGCAGACUUGGCUCGUCUCCUGAGCUCUGGUUCCUUUGGGAACCUGGAGAACCUUAGCCUGGCGUUCACCAACGUCACCAGUGCCUGCGCUGAACAGCUCAUCAAGCUGCCGUCCCUCAAACAGCUCAACCUGUGGUCCACUCAGUUUGGGGAUGCCGGGCUUCGCUUACUGUCCGAGCAUCUGGCCUGUCUGCAGGUUCUGAACUUAUGUGAGACUCCGGUCACGGACGCUGGCCUGCUCUCUCUCAGCUCUAUGAAAAACCUGUGCAGUCUGAAUAUGAACAGUACCAAACUCACUGCGGACACGUAUGAGGACCUGAAGGCCAAACUACCCAACCUAAAGGAAGUAGAUGUUCGCUACACCGAGGCAUGGUAAACACCUUCAGCAUCAGCAAGACUCGAGGAGAUGUGUAAACACAGGAAAUCGCUGACACAUCAUCGGAUCACAACAUAAUCACCAACACGGAAAACAAUAUUUAUAGGAACAUCAUUCGAACACGAGGAUCUUCUGAUAAUAUCAUAGAACUGACUAGUAUCUCAUCCAAACACAAGGACGCUCUUCACAGCGCCAUCAAAGUGCAAGAAUUGUCUCGUGAUAUCAUCAGACAGCACAGGAACCUUUCUAAUGACAUCAUAAAGGGGACUUUGGUUGUCUUGCCUUUAUAAUCACCCCUCAGAGGAACCGCGUCUUUUGUCCUCGCGUGUGUACGUCAGCUUAAACUAUGGAUUGAAAUCCUAGUCCUUUUUCCCACAAGUUGAUUUGUCCCGUUCUCCUUGAACCACCUGGAGCCAUGUCCCCUGUGGUACCAGCAUCUGAUGAAGGCCUGAAUAUUCAGAGCCACAUUCCAGGACAGUUUUGAUAUCACCUCCUGUGUGGAAAGCCAAGAUUUCCACAAAACGGUUUGUUAUGGUUUUGUGUGCUUUGUCGGUCAUUUCACAUCCGGAAAUCUCGUCCACUGUAACAAUGUCUACUUCUUCACACAUUCAUCUCUCCGUCGCUCUGAAACGUCCUUUUUUAUCAACUUGAAUAAGCAUAUUUCCCCAUACACUGCUUUCACGUGUGUGUUUGUAAAGAAAAAACGACGUAUCCCCAUUUUUAAAGUAGACAAUUAAGGUGCUUUGCUCUUCAUCAUUUCUUUUUCUCAUUUUAUAGUCACGUUGUACAGUGUAAUUUUAAGUUUACACCCGUAUGUAAGAGCACGUCGUCCAGGAAGUAGUCUGGGACUACUCUGUAUUUAUGAGCCCCAUUUAUUUGGUGUUUUUUCCUUCAAUUCUUUUGUCAAGCAUACUGAACCAAGAUGGUGCCUAAAAACAUUUCCUGUAUAGACCUAGCAACUCUGAGGAAAGUUGUACAUAGAUGAUGACUUUUAAACUGAUUAUUAGGCUUUAUUAUUCUCGGUAAACUUGCUCUAGUGGUCAUUAGAAGUCCACCACGAGUGUCCUGCCAUAACGGUUGACAAAAGAUUCAUCACAUUUAUAUAAAAACGAAAUUUCGAGCCAAGAUUUGUGCUACGUCCAAUAUGACUCUGUUUUCUUGCUUUCGUGAUUGUCUCUUUAAACGUGUAGUUCAUCACCACUGUAUGUUGACUAGUAGAGAGACGUGUUUUGAAGGAGACAGAUCAAAUUAUUUGUCGAAAGAAAUAUCUCGUAUAAAAAAAGCGGUCGGGACGGUCAGUUUAAGUUACAGUCACAACUUAAAUCGGAUGGUUUUCUUUAGAAACUCUUUUUCUGAUCCGUGUUUACAAAGGAGUGUCUGUUUUUACUCCCACUUAAAAACUAUAGAUAGAUAGAUUGUGCUACGAGUUGCGGCACCGUCUGCGUGGCCGGUCUUGAACAUAGCGGUUUUUGAUAGGCGUGUGCUUUCACUUACACACCGAUGUAGACGCCGUCCGGGGGAGUACAGCACCGGGUGCCAUAACCGGCAUCAACUUGUGUUCUGCCAUGUUGCGUAGUUGCAUACUGUAUAAUGUACAUAUGAGUGUAUAUAAUUUCCCCUCUCUUAUCAAAUGUUUGUUUCUCCUCACGUUUGGAAGACUAUUGUUGCCUUCAUUUCUGCGAUGAGUGCAUACGGUCACCUGUUUUUCUUCACCCUCCUCCCACUGACCAAAUGCACUGUCAUUGUGUUCGAUGAAAAUUGCUUUUAAUUAUAUUUUGGACUAUGUGUUUCAUCCAUUUUUGUUGCUUGUCUUUUUGUCCGUUUAAUCCCUGCAUGUUGCAUUUUUGUAAUGUUAUGACGAUUUAAAUAUCAAGGGUAAAAUCACUAGCUUUAAGACGUGCCCCUCGGCUACUUAGCAUUUUAUCAAUGUGUUUCCAAAAUUGAGAGAUGGACCGAGUUUAUCCGUCUGUGUGCACGGAACGAUAAACCCGUGGGUUAUUUACUUCACAAGGUGCAUUUGGGAGUGUACUAACAGCAUUGUUUGUGGGUGGAAGGAACUUGGGGGCUGGGUUCCUCCCUUCCAUACCUUAAAAUGAAAAUGCCAUCUCUCUUGUUCAGAAAUCACAGUGGCUUGUCUAACCAGUGUGAAUGGACCUUUUUUACGCAAGUAACUUGGCAAACUGUUUCCUCCACACCACUGUUUUGUUCAUUACAACCUGUAGAGCUCUGCGCUGUAUGUUUCCAAUGUCUCUUUACCAACAUAUUAUAAGGUCUCCAUUUUCUUUCUUUUUAUUCGUUUGCAAUGUUAAAUUGAGACUGAGUCUUAAUGUGAUGUUGGAUGGGCUCCCUGUGGGCCCCGUGGCACAGCGGUGUACAUACAAAAGUGAACUACAUUUCCCAUGACUCCUGGAAUUUUUGCGGAUAGAACUGCUGCCCUUAUUUCUUAUUUCUGUGUUUAUCUGCUUCUAUCUACAGCUGGGUUGACGCUGCUGCUCUGUGGCUUUUGUAACACACACCUUCGACAGGAAAAUAAGCCUAAUAUGUGAACCAGUUUCAAUCAAAAUAAACUGUCUGUGAAUAUGUUUCAAAUAGAAAGCUUUUAAAGCUUUUUUAUUGAUAUGUUAAUCUAGACGUUCAUUCAUUCAGACGUUUGCUGUAAAAGCCUUCUUAUUCACGUUCUUCUGACAAGGAAGACAAAAUAUGACAUAACCAUGGCGAAACGUUUGUUUUUUUUGUCUCGGACAAAAAGUAAAUUACCUUACUAUAUACCAUUACAUUUUUUCUGUCAUGAGAAUCACAAAAAUCUAAAUAUAACUGUUAUGUCCUAAGUUCUCGAGAAAAAAUACAACAAAAUGCUUUACCAGUAAAGUAAAUGAUCCAGAGGCAGGAGGCAAGAAUAGUCGCAAAUAAACAAUUUCCAACGUUAUGGAUGUGACAUUUUUAGUCAAAACAUGAAAUCUAAAUUCUCAGAAUAUAUUUAUUACCAACAUCUGUUUCUAAUUUACUAAAACCCCUGAUGAUAGAGUCCAGACAUCAGAAAAAUAUCAGUCUACGCACAAGUUAUCUAUUUUAAAAGAGGUAUUUUAAAAUGAAUUCGUUAUGGAUGUUAAGAAAGGGCACACGUUUUUGAGAGACGGCAUACUUUGUAGGAUUUCUGUUCACUAAGAUGUGUUCAAAUGUGCAAACCAUAACAAAUUGAGAAGGGAUGCCUCUUCAUCUAACAUAAAGUAGUUAAUAUAAUAAAUAUUGACAUCUGACGACCUAUCAGUAUGGUGGAAACCUUUGUUAAAAACUCGUUUUUGGUGAAAACUUUUUUCAUCGUAAGGUUGACAUUUGCAUUGACUUGACCAAAGCACAUGCUUCUUUUCACCACAUGUGCAUUGCCAGGACAAUACUGCUGUUGUCAAUUCUUGAUGACUUUAAUCCUUAAAAGAAAAUAAAUGGAUCCAUAUUACUGUACAUUUCCUUUUAUUGCUAAAUGGAAUAGGAAAACCGGUAUUAGUCAGUGUGUGUUUGUUUCGUACUUUCCCCUGUUUUACAUCAACCUCCAUCAGAAGUGAGGCAAGCUCCGGGUUUUCACAAAACCUGUUCUUCUAAUAAAAACAGAAAUUGAACAGAUCUUUCUAAACUUGUCU